UUCUCGUCCUUUUCAAACACCGUACAGACGCAGACGUAAGCGUGAGGCAUUUUGGAAAUUCUGCUUCGUCUGAUGAAAUGGUUAUUUUCACUUUCUAUUGGCAUUUAUAGAUCAAGUGGUCUGUCAGUCAUUACAUAUAACAGUUUUCAGGCAUCCUAUCCUUCUUCAAUACAAAGCAUUUAUUGUGGCGUGACUAAGUCAUUGUUUGGCACAUACCGGCAUCAGUCAAUUUCGCCCUCAAGUUCAACGGUAACUGUAUUUUGUCGUAACUUCCGAGUAGGUAUGCCAGACAAAAAACCUUUCCAGCGUCUUCCACUGGAUGCUUGUCCGGUCAACUAUAGCAUCCGUCUACAGCCAAAUUUGAAGUCCUUUACAUUUGAUGGAUUGGAAGAUAUCCAGCUCAAGGUCAAGAAAUCGCUGACAUCCAUCACCUUGAAUUGCUGUGACAUUGAUGUGAAGGAAGCAAGCUAUCAGGCAGAUGGAUCAGCUGACAAGAUCAAAGGGGAGAUUUCCUAUACAAAAGAAGAUGAAAUAGUUAAAUUUUCAUUCCCAUCUGAAAUUCAGCCUGGUAAUGGAACCUUGUCCGUAUCAUUCGAUGGAGAGUUGAAUGACAAGAUGAAGGGUUUCUAUCGCAGCAAGUAUACUUCCCCUGACGGGGAGGAGAGGAUUGGAGCAGUCACACAGUUUGAGGCGACAGAUGCCAGGCGGGCUUUCCCCUGCUGGGAUGAACCUGCUGUGAAAGCAACAUUUGAUGUGACCUUGGUGGUCCCCAAUGACAGAGUGGCUCUCUCCAACAUGCCGGUGAAGUCUGAGUCUCCGCUGGGAGGUGAUACUAAGUGGAAGGUUAUGACGUAUGAGCGCACACCAGUGAUGCCCACUUACUUACUGGCGUUUGUGGUUGGAGAGUAUGAUUUUGUUGAGGCGAGAGACGCUGAUGGAGUCCUAAUCCGAGUCUACACACCAGUCGGCAAGAAGGAACAGGGCCAAUUUGCAUUGGAUGUGGCUGUGAAGACGUUGCCUUUUUAUAACAAAUAUUUCAAAAUAGCCUAUCCUUUACCCAAAAUGGACCUGAUCGCGAUAGCAGACUUUGCUGCAGGUGCUAUGGAGAACUGGGGUCUCGUGACAUACCGAGAAACAGCUUUGCUCAUUGAUCCAACAACUUCAUCUGCCAAGACUUGUCAGUGGGUUGCCCUGGUGGUGGGACAUGAGCUGGCUCAUCAGUGGUUUGGAAAUCUUGUUACUAUGGAAUGGUGGACCCAUCUGUGGUUGAAUGAGGGUUUUGCCUCCUGGAUUGAGUACCUGUGUGUCGACCAUUGUUUCCCCGAGUUUGACAUCUGGACGCAGUUUGUUAAUCAGGACUUGGGCCGUGCCCUGGAACUGGAUGCCCUUCAUAACAGUCACCCUAUAGAGGUAGCUGUUGGUCAUCCAGAUGAAGUAGAUGAGAUAUUUGAUGCCAUUUCCUACAGCAAGGGAGCGUCUGUCAUCAGGAUGCUACAUGACUAUAUAGGGGAUGAGGAUUUCCGUAAGGGGAUGAACCAGUACUUGACCAAAUUCCAGUACAGCAAUGCCUUUACCGAGGACCUGUGGGACGCCCUGGGGAAAGCAAGUGGUAAACCCGUCAAGGACAUCAUGUCUACCUGGACACAACAGAUGGGCUUCCCCGUCAUCAAGGUGGAGGAGAAACAGGAGGGAAACAGUCGCAUUUUAACACUGACACAGGAGAAGUUCUGUGCUGAUGGUCAACUUCCUGAAGGCUGUACGUCCAAGUGGUUGACCCCCAUCAGUAUCUGUAGCAGCAGCAGUCCAGGCUCACCUGUCAAACGCAUCCUGAUGGAAGACAAAACAACCACUGUUACCCUGGAGAAUGUCAAGCCUGGAGACUGGGUCAAGCUUAAUGGUGGCACUGUAGGUGUAUAUCGGGUUCAGUACACACCUGCUACCCUUGAGGCAAUGAUCCCUGCGGUGAGAGAUCGCACAAUCUCUCCCAGAGACAGACUCGGACCACAGAGUGACCUGUUUGCCUUGGCCAGGGCAGGCAUGGUGUCAUCAGUGGAUGCCUUUAAGGUGUCCAGUGCCUUUGUGAAUGAGAACAACUACACUGUGUGGGUCGACCUGUCCAUGAAUCUGGGUGGCCAGGGAAUGCUGCUCCAGUACACUGAUGCUGAACAGGCCUACAAGACCUUCUGCCUUAACCUCUUCAAAAAUGUGUACCAGACCAUUGGAUGGGAGGCUAAGGAGGGAGAAAGUCCUCUGAACGCAAUGUUAAGGGACUUGGUGCUGUCCAAGAUGGGUCGUUGUGGUGACAGUGAUGUGGUGGCGGAGGCUAACAGACGGUUUGAAGCCCAUGUGUCUGGAACCACAUUACUAUCUGCUAACCUGAGGUCACCGGUCUACAUUACAGUGUUGUCCAAUGGAAAUGAGGAAACCUACAACAAAAUGCUUCAGUUGUAUGAUGCAGCCGAUAUGCAGGAGGAAAAAGUUCGCAUCAGCAGAUCUCUUGGUUGCAUCAAGUCUCCAGAAAUCAAAAAGAAAGUUCUUAAGUUUGCCAUGUCUGAAAAGGUGCGGUCCCAGGACACUGUGUUUGUGAUAGCUGGGAUCACAGGCUCUGUGGAGGGGCGAGAAAUAGCUUGGCAAUUUUUACAGGAUAACUGGGCCGCUCUUCACGAUCGCUACAAGGGUGGCUUCCUCCUGUCAAGGCUUGUCAAGACGACAACUGAGAACUUUGUGACAGAAGAGAGAGCAAAGGAUAUAGAGAAAUUCUUUGAGGAACAUUCUGCCCCUGCUGCUGAGAGAACCAUUCAACAAUCUUGUGAAAACAUCCGUCUGAAUGCUAAAUGGAUUCAGCGAGACUCCGUUAAAGUCUCAGAGUUCCUGAAAAAUUCAAAAUGAUGAGUUGGCUUAAUUCAGAAAGAAUUUUCAAAUUUUCAAAACCUGUCUCUUAGAAUGACAUUGAGGUGUUAUGAUGUUUGUUUAAGGGCAAGCAGUUUAUAAAGCUUGUAAAGCACUGAGAUUUUUUGUUCAUUUGAGAAAUUUCUCCAUCAGAGUGUUGUAUAUUUAUGUAAUUUUACAAAAGUGCUGAUCAAUUGUACUAGAAAUGAUGUAAUUAAACAGUUAUUUAUGUAUUUACAUGUUUAAGCAGUGGGCACUGAUUGCCAUGAGUUGAUCAUGAUGCUAUGGAGAUUGGGACUUGUAAUGUACACCUUAGACAGCAAAUGUGUGAUUGAGUAUAUCAUAAUCAUUUUAGUUCACCUAGCCCAAAGGGCAAACUGAGUUUACGCUGUAGUGCAACGUCUGUCCAUCAGACAUAAGCUUAUUACUUGAAACAACAUCUUCAUUUCUAAGAGGCCUAUAGGGUGAUGAAAAUUGGCCAGAAGCAUGCUGGGAUAAGGGCUAUUAAGUAGGGGUCAAAUGUGUUUCUUCUAAUUAAAACACUUAGGGUGUUGAUUUUUUGUAAGGAACAUUUUCCCUUAUAAAAUAAAGCUAUGAAUGUCAGAGAAAAUGGUGUUUUUAGGUGAUCCACAUGUAACAGAAAUGAUGUGAGGUUGAAAACAGGAACUAGAAUUAACUGCUAGAAAGAUGUGGUCAUGUUUUGGUUUAAAAUAUGUUUUUAUGCAAACAUUAAGCUACUUAAACAUUAUCAUGUGUUUUCAUUUAUUUGUCCUCUGAUUCGCUGUUUAUCAAUUAAGAUGAAUUGUUUCAAAUAACAUAAACAUUUUAAUAAGUAGAAUAAUUAUGCUGUCACAAGAUUUUACAUUUUAGGACACAGUGACAAAAGUAAAUUCUGGAGGCAUCAUCACCUUCAGUUUUGAUUCUAAUUUGAUCAGAAGCAAUGUGAAGUUACAAUGUACGCGUGUCACCAAACUCAUCGCAAAUUAUUUCAUCUAGUUAAAUAAUAUUUGGUAGCUAUAUUAUGGGUCCAAAUUUCUUCAAUGG